AUGGAAGUAUUCAUGGGUCACUUUUUUAUGUAUGGAUCUAAUUUCAAUAAGUGUUUGGCCAAUCUUGAAAAGGUACUUGAAAGGUGUGAACUGGUUAAUCUUAUGUUAAAUUGGGAAAAAUGUCACUUUAUGGUUAAAGUAGGAACUAUUGUUAGACAUUUGGUGUCCGAGCGAGGUAUUGAGGUUGACAAGGAAAAUAUUGAGGUAAAAGAGACAAUGUCACCUUUUACCUUUGUAAAAGAAGUGAGAAAUUUCUUAGGGUUAAAAGAAGCAUUGAUAUCUGCUCCAAUUAUGCAACAGUUUGAUUGGAGUCUUCCAUUUGAAAUCAUGUGUGAUGCCAGCGAUUUUAUUGUAGGUGCAGUGUUUGGGCAGAGAAAAGAUAAGAAAGUUCAUGCCAUCCAUUAUGCCAGCAAGACAUGGGAUGAAGCUCAAGUUAACUAUGCCACAACUGAGAAAAAGUUAUUCAUAGUAGUGUUCACCAUUGACAAAUUUCAUCUGUACUUGGUGGGAUCGAAGAUAAUUUUCUAUACAGACCAUGCAGCCAUCAAAUAUUUCUUGAGAAAGAAAGAUGAUAAGUCGAACCUGUAA